CGUCGAACGUUCUGCCUCAUUCGGGACGGCUGGAGAGCGACCGAGAUGGCUGGCGAAUGCCUGCACCCAUUCGAGAACGUCCCCGCGCGAGGGCGCAAGGCGUAUAUAGUCUCCAGCAGACCCCGCCGCCCAACCUCAGUCUCACAAUCAUUUACGGGCUUUCACGACUCCUAAUCCCCUGUUACCCAUUCGCAUCUCUUUCUACUUUGACGACCUUGCACGAACACCAUGGCUGCAAGCAUGAACUUCACUGACAAGACCCAGGAGACCUUGGCAACUGCCAUUCAGCAGGCCAAGGACUACGCCAAUGUCCAAGUAUACCCGGCACAUAUCGCCUUUGCACUGCUUAACGACGGUGCCGGAGACGGUGUUCCUGGCGGUCUCAGCACUACCCAUGGUAGCAGCUCACUCUUCAAGUCUGUCAUCGAAAAGGCAGGCGGUGAUCCGACCAUCGUUAAACGUGGUCUGCAGAAGGUGAUCGUCCGUCUACCGACACAAUCCCCACCACCCGACGAGAUCACUCUCAGCGGCCAAGCACUCAAGGUCCUCCGCGAGGCCGAGUCCCUGCGCAAGACCAUGCACGACUCCUACAUCGCACAAGACCACCUCCUUUCCGCGCUCAUCAAGGACUCGUCAAUACAGCCUGUCCUGAAGGAGGCAGGUCUCACUGAGGCCUCCCUCAAGACCGCGGUUGACCAGCUCCGCGGCAACAGGCGCGUCGACAGCAAGAACGCGGAGCAGGGCUUCGAUGCGCUCGGCAAGUACGCACAAGACCUGACCGCCCUCGCGGAGGAGGGCAAACUUGACCCUGUCAUCGGUCGCGACAACGAGAUCCGCCGCGCGAUCCGCAUUCUCUGCAGACGGACAAAGAACAACCCUGUCCUCAUCGGUGAACCGGGUGUAGGAAAGUCCGCCAUCGCAGAAGGCCUCGCACAGCGUAUCGUCAACCGCGACGUCCCCGCCUCGCUCCUCGGCCGCCUCUAUUCGCUCGACAUGGGUGCGCUCAUGGCCGGCGCGAAGUACAAGGGCGAAUACGAGGAGCGUAUCAAGGCUGUCCUCAACGAAGUCGAGAAGGCCGCGGACGAGGGCACGAGCAUCAUCCUCUUCAUCGACGAACUCCACCUCAUCAUGGCCGGCCGCGGCGCAGAGGGUGGCGGCAUGGACGCUGCGAACCUGUUCAAGCCCCUCCUCGCUCGUGGCAAGCUCCGGUGCAUCGGUGCGACGACUCUUGCGGAGUACCGGCAAUACAUCGAGAAGGACCCAGCGCUCGAGCGGCGGUUCGCCCAGGUGCUCGUCAACGAGCCGUCCGCCCCCGAGACGAUCAGCAUCCUCCGUGGUAUCCGCGACAAGUACGAGGUGCACCACGGUGUCCGGAUUCUCGAUGGGGCGCUCAUCCAAGCUGCGACUCUCGCCCACCGCUACCUCACGUCAAGACGCCUGCCUGACUCUGCCAUUGAUCUGGUCGACGAAGCAUGCGCAAGUGUCCGCGUAACGCGUGAGACCGCGCCUGAAGCGAUCGACAAGCUCCAGCGGCGCAAACUUGAGCUCGAAGUCGAGAUCCACGCCCUCGAGCGCGAGAAGGACGAAGCCUCAAAGGAACGCCUCGCUCUCGCGCGCAAAGCCAUCGCCGACGUCGACGACCAGCUCCAGCCCCUCCAAGCGCAGUACGAGGCCGAGAAGGCGCGCGGAGAGGAGAUCCAGAACGUCCGCAAGAAGAUCGACGAGCUCAAGGCGAAGGCGGACGAGGCCGAGCGGCGCUACGACCUCGCGACCGCGUCCGACCUGCGCUACUACGCGCUGCCCGACCUCCAGGCGCGCCUCCACCAGCUCGAGGCUAAGAAAGCUGAGGAGGACGCCGCGAUGGGCGGAGGCACCGACACCGUCACCCCGGAGCAGAUUGCGGAGAUCGUCGCAAAGUGGACGAACAUUCCUGUGACGCGGCUGAUGAGCACGGAGAAGGAGAAGUUGCUGCGGAUGGAGAAAAUCCUUGGCGAGCAGGUUGUAGGACAGCCGGAGGCGGUCAAGGCAGUCGCGAACGCGAUCCGGCUCAGCAGGAGUGGCCUGCGGAAUGAGCAGCGCCCAAUUGCUAGCUUCCUGUUCGCAGGUCCCUCUGGUACGGGCAAGACAUUGAUGAGCAAGACACUCGCGACAGUGCUCUUCGACUCACCCGAAGCCAUGAUCCGUAUCGAUGGCUCCGAAUACUCUGAGAAGCACUCGAUCGCUCGUCUCAUCGGUGCUCCUCCGGGCUACGUCGGCCACGACCAGGGGGGGCAGCUCACGGAGUACAUCCGCCGGAAGCCGUACUCGAUUGUGCUCAUUGACGAGAUCGAGAAGGCGUCGCGCGAGUUCGUCACGCUCUUCCUGCAGGUGCUCGACGACGGCCGGCUCACGGACGGCCAAGGCCGUGUGGUCGACUUCCGCAACACCGUCAUCAUCAUGACGAGCAACCUCGGCGCGACGUUCCUCAACGACAUGGGCGACGGGCCCGUCAGGCCCGAGACGCGCGAGCUCGUCAUGGGCGCGAUCCGCACGCACUUCCCGCCCGAGUUUAUCAACCGGGUUGACGAUAUCGUCAUCUUCCGCACGCUCUCGCAGAAGCACAUUCUCAAGAUUAUCGACCUCCGGCUCAAGGAGGUGCAGGACCGCCUCGUGGACCGCAAGAUGGCCCUCGACCUCGAGCCCGCCGCGAAGCAGUACCUCGUCUCGAUCGGCUACUCACCCGUGUACGGCGCGCGCCCACUCAACCGUGCGAUCCAGAACGAGCUCCUCAACCCGCUCUCGGUUCUCAUCCUCGGGGACCGCGUGCGCGACGGCGAGACGAUCAAGGUGCGCUUCGACGGACCGCACAACCGCCUCCAGAUCGUACCCAAUCACGAGGCGAGUGCGGACAGCAUGGACGUCGAUUACGACGACAUCGACGACAUCGAGAUCGAGGAGAUGGACUGAGCGCGUUAGCUGCGGGUCGGCAUCUCUCGCGACUCAAAGUGUAGGACAAAACGGGAUGGACUGAAGCAUCGAGCUAGCAUAGGAUUCAUGUAUUUCUACAACAUCGCAUAGUACUGUAUUAUAGCAUUGCUUUCUUUUGCUCCUUCG